GCUGCGGGUAGAGUGAGGUUUGGACCGACGACCACUUAAAUAGAAGCAGAAAGACGGCAACUUCAGUUGCACGUCGACAGCUGAUAGACAAAGAAAGACGCUCUGAAGGACGCACCUCGUUAGAAAAAAUAGCCAAAUCGCUUGGCGAAAAUGUACAAGGCGCAAUUCGUUUGGCUAGUUGGCUUGGUCCUAACAUCAGGAUCGGCCACCGAGUAUACCACGCCCAAGAUAAGCUUCACAACGAUGGUUGGCCUAACGACCACACCUGCGAUGCGCCUGACUACGACGAACAAGGCUAGUUCCGGUGGCGUCUUACUGCCCAUGGUUAUCAAUACCUGGAACUUUACAGAUGCCAAUUUUCUGGCCUGGCGGAUUCUGAAUGUGACUCAGGGUGGUCUCCGGCAGACGCGUAAUGCCGUAGUGGAGGGCUGCACCAAGUGCGAGCAGCAGCAGUGCGAUAGAACUGUUGGCUAUGGCGGUUCUCCCGAUGAGUUGGGCGAGACAACGUUGGACGCAAUGAUUAUGGAUGGCAGCAGCAUGGAUGUGGGGGCUGUAGCAGGCCUCAGAUCUAUCAAGGAUGCCAUUCGAGUGGCUCGGCAUGUUCUGGAGCACACAAAGCACACCAUGCUGGUCGGCGAUGCCGCCUCUCAGUUUGCCCAGGCAAUGGGAUUUCGCUCCGAGUCCCUGGUUACGGCCGAAUCAAAGGGUAUGUGGCAGGAUUGGGCAGCGGGAAAUUGUCAGCCAAAUUUCUGGAGAAAUGUUCACCCAGAUCCAUCCAUCUCCUGUGGUCCCUACAACCCCAAAGCGACGCCCCUAACGCGCUGGAAGGAAGAUCGUGCGCGCGCCGAGUACUCGAUUGGGCACCAUAAUCAUGACACAAUCGGCAUGAUAGCCAUUGAUGUCGAUAGUAACAUCCAUGCGGGGACCUCAAGCAAUGGAGCGAGCCAUAAGAUCCCUGGACGAGUCGGAGAUUCACCAAUACCCGGUGCAGGCGCGUAUGCGGACAAUGAGGUGGGCGCUGCCGUGGCCACCGGAGAUGGUGAUGUUAUGAUGCGUUUCCUGCCCACUCUGUUGGCUGUGGAAGCCAUGCGGGCGGGCAAGAAGCCGACGGAGGCAGCUGAGGUUGGCAUUCGACGGAUCGCUAAGCAUUACAAGGACUUCUCGGGCGCCGUCAUUGCUGUCGAUCGCUUGGGCCAAUAUGGAGCAGCCUGCUACGGCAUGACCGAGUUUCCAUUUGUGGUCAGCAACCCAUCCAAGACGGAUAUCCCGUCGCGCCAAGAGACGGUCAAGUGCAUAACGGACAAGGAGAUUGUAAACAUGGUUUUAUUGUAAAUCGAACUUCACUAACGUUUUGGGUCGUUCAAAACCACUAUUCACUGCAGACGAACCAAAUAAAUAUAUAAAUAAA